AUGGCGUGUGUACAGUACACUAGGGUCACGGAAGAGGAUUCCGAUAACCCUAUUGAAUUGCCAAUUGAAUCUGAUGGCACAGUUCUGUUGUCUACACUCACUGGGGUCUUUCCUAGAGCCACUGGUCUUAAGUAUUAUGCGGAGGAAUCUGGGUGCCUCCGAGGCCUUCGUUCAAGUGAGGAUCGCCUCUAUCCUCCUCCUGAAGAUAAAAAGAGGAAAGUAGAUGACGAAGGAGAUUCCUUGUCGGUUAAGACUAAAAAAUUAGAGGGGAGAAAGACUACCGACCUAAUAGUUCUGAAUCUUGCCUGGAGGACAGACGAGACCGAUCUGCGAAAUUACUUUUCAAAGUAUGGGGAUGUAGUGAUGGUUCAAGUCAAAAGACACUCUAAUUCUCUGCAAAGCAAAGGAUAUGGCUUCAUUCGCUUCAAUGACUAUGCAUCUCAGGUUCUUUGCCUUGCUGAGCGCCAUUACAUUGACGGGCGCUGGUGCGAUGUCCGCAUUCCUAUGUCUAAAGCAGAGGGUGAUCGACAGGAAGUCAGUCGUAAAGUUCAUAUCGGAGGUAUCACGGAAAACAUGUCGGCCGAAGUGCUAAGAGACCACUUUUCUGCUUUUGGAAGAGUCUCAGACGUUUUUGUCCCUAAGCCAUUCAGAUCAUUCGCUUUUGUUACCUUUGAGGAUCAAGAUGUAGCAGUGAGUCUUUUAGGCAAAGAGCAAGCCAUCGACGGGACAACCGUCUCCAUCGGUUCCGCAGUUCCUAAACUUCCUCCUUCCGCAUCCCGUCAAGCGCAGGGCUUCCAGGCAGCUAUGCAAGCUGCCAUGCAACAAGCCUCAUGGGGUAAGGUUGCGGUAUUUGGCGGUGGUAUGGGUGGACGGGGUGGAAACAACCCUAUGCCUGCAAUGAGCAUGCUAGCUCAGAACCAGGCAACUGCCGCUGCUGCUGCGCUUGCUGCUCAGUAUACAAGGGCUCAUCAGGUCGGUGGGAGAAUGAACAUGUAA